AUUCAAAUUUGAUUCAUGCUUUGUUGGUAUUUGCUUCAUUCGUGCUUUUUUGCUUGAUUUGAUGAUUUGAUCCGAAUUUUUGAGAUGCCAUUUUACUAAAUAAUACAAUAUUGAAGGCUAUGAAUUAAGAUUAAAAUACAUUCUGAAACAAAAGCCAAGACAUGGAAAACUAUGAGUCUUGCAUACGGAUAAAAGGGCUUCAUAUUUUACCACCUGUGAUCACAGAGAAACGACGAAUUGAGCUGCAGAGAUACAAACAGCAAGCUAUUAAACUAGAAAAACGGCUGCAAAAUUGUAGGAAGUUAAAGAGAAAUCUUGAAGAGCUAAUGCAGGUAAAAUUGCCUUCUCAUCAAGAAAAACCAGUACUUCCUGAAACAAUAAAAACAUUAAAUCUUAGUGCAGAUAUUGUAAAUAUAACAGAAUUUAGCAGUGAUGGUAUUAAAGUAUGGAGUGGAAAUGAAUGUGUUCACAAAAAGGAAAGUGUGGAUACAAUUCCAUCUAGUGUCAACCAGAUAGUUGAUAGUAAAAGUAAAGAGGAGAAUGAAAGUAGCAAAGAAGAUUUACAAGAUAAGGCAGAUAGCAGCACUGACACCUUUGAAUUAAGUCCUUCCCUUGAAAAAUCAUCACAAGCCUCAAGCAAUAUUUUCAGAAAAACAGAUUUAGACCAGCUGGACCCAGAACCAGAAAAAGAAUCUAUAUCUACAGAAACAUGUUCCAACAUAUCAGAUUUCACAUCCCAACCUAGACCGAGACUGAUUCGUAGUAACUCAUAUACCUUAGAAGCUCCUAGUCCUAUACUUUUAGCACAUUUGGAAAAAACUAAUAAGGGUAUUGAAACACAAAAUGAUCUCUCACAACAGAAUUUAGCAAGAAACUGGACAUCUCUAGAAGACAACUACAUACCUUUUGAAAGGAGUGCAUUUAGUAGUAUGGAUACUGUCUUAAAUGCUGAUGAUUUAAGUUGUAGUGAAAAUAAAAUCAAAGAAUCUCGUUCACCUCAGGUAGCUGUAGUCCAAACAGAUAUCUCAGUACAACACAUAUCAGUUAGAGGUGAAGAGGGUGAUGAGAAAAGAUUAAUGGAGGUUUUAGAUAAAAUACCUGAAGCAUACUCAAAACAGAUAUUAGAAUUAAUAGAAAAACAUUUUGGUUCAUUAAAUGCGGAAAAAACCACGCAGCAAGUAGAUAAAACUAUAACUGAACAUAGUGAGAAAGAAGAAUCUUGUGCUUUCCUUGAAGAAAAUCAUGUAGAUACAAAUCAUUCUGAUGCAUCAAAUGAAAAUAGUUAUACACCACAGGUGCAUAAAAAUGUUACUGUAAGAAAAAAUAGUAGUCCUGCAAAGAUGGAAUACUUUCCAGGUGGGCAGAAAAUGACCACCACAUAUGUAGAACAAAAGUCAUUUGAUAGAAGUAAGGCAGUGAUACCUGCAGUUGAUAGCUGUAUUCUUAGGCGAAGGAGGUUGAGUUUCCCUAAUGACAAUCCUCCACAUUUUAGUAGGUCUAUGAACAUCAUUAGGCGGGAAUGGGCUGCGAGGGUAAUAUGUGCUCAUGCUAGGGGAUACUUAACGCGUAGGCUGUUAAAAACUGAAAGGGUGCAGUCACUAAUAAUGACAAUCAAGGAUGCUUUGAUGUGUGCUUUGCAACUACAUAGUGCAGACAAUAUCAACGAGGCUGACGUUGAGCUCCAUAGAAGACUCAUUAAUCAGGUAUCGUCAGCGUGUUACGCAUUCCACGACAUGUUCUUUGCUUACUCCAUUCCCGAGCAAAUGGCGAUGAUUGCAGCAGAUAGGCAAAGAAAGCAGGAAAAAUCGAAUAGGCCUUCUUCAGCGCCUACUUCCAAGUCUAGAUUAUCGAGUCGGUCCAGCAGUAGGCGAUCGACACCCCAAUCGCGAAGUUUGACAAACGUAUCAAAUUGAAUAUACUUUUGAAAUUUUUCUAUAUAUGACACUCCUGGCUGAUACAGCUGAUGGGUAGAAUUUAUGUGCUUUUUAAUUGUGGCCUUAAUAAAAAUUUAUAUUUUAUAGAUA